GCCUCCAUCCCACUUGACGUAGGUUCAGCCCUCCGCAGCAGAUGAUAUACGAUUGGUUAUACGCGAAGCCCCACCCUAUCUUUGCGGUUUUUGAUAAUUUAGACCUGCAUUCCCACUCUAACUGCGGGACUCUCUGGGCUUCCUAUUGGACUAUGUGCUCCAAUCGGAAGGAUUUCUGGAUGUCAGUCUUACGGUGGUGCAGACCAUUGGUCGAAGGGAUAGAGGCAGAUUCCUAGAUCGUUGCCGGCCCGCCAAAGAUACAGCAAGGGUCUGGAACGCAGAGCCGGCUGCCUCGAGGCCUCGCAUCAACCCUACUCUGACUGCUGGCUCAGGCAGGCCCCCACCUCACUCAGAAUGACACUGGACGUGGGGACGGAGGAUGAGCUGCCCGACUGGGCCGCUGCCAAGGAGUUUUACCAGAAGUAUGACCCUAAGGACGUCAUUGGCAGAGGAGUGAGCUCUGUGGUCCGCCGUUGCGUUCAUCGAGCCACUGGUGAUGAGUUUGCAGUGAAGAUCAUGGAGGUGACAGCUGAGCGGCUGAGUCCUGAGCAGCUGGAGGAGGUGCGGGAAGCCACACGGCGAGAGACUCAGAUCCUUCGCCAGGUCGCCGGCCACCCCCACAUCAUCACUCUCAUCGAUUCGUACGAGUCUUCUAGCUUCAUGUUCCUGGUGUUUGACCUGAUGCGGAAGGGAGAGCUGUUUGACUAUCUCACAGAGAAGGUGGCCCUCUCAGAGAAGGAGACCAGGUCCAUCAUGAGGUCUCUGCUGGAAGCAGUGAGCUUUCUCCAUGCCAACAACAUUGUACACCGAGACCUGAAGCCUGAGAAUAUUCUCCUAGAUGACAAUAUGCAGAUCCGACUCUCAGAUUUUGGGUUCUCCUGCCACUUGGAACCUGGAGAGAAGCUUCGAGAUUUGUGUGGGACACCAGGGUAUCUAGCACCAGAGAUCCUGAAAUGUUCCAUGGAUGAAACCCACCCAGGAUAUGGCAAGGAGGUAGACCUCUGGGCCUGUGGGGUGAUCCUCUUCACACUUCUGGCUGGCUCACCCCCAUUCUGGCACCGACGCCAAAUCCUGAUGUUACGCAUGAUCAUGGAGGGCCGGUACCAGUUCAGUUCACCUGAGUGGGAUGACCGUUCUGACACAGUCAAAGACCUGAUCUCAAGGCUGCUGCAGGUAGAUCCUGAAGAACGCCUGACAGCUGAGCAGGCCCUCCAGCAUCCCUUCUUUGAGCGUUGUGAAGGCAGCCAACUCUGGAACCUUACACCCCACCAGCGAUUCCGGGUGGCAGUGUGGACAGUGCUGGCUGCUGGACGAGUGGCCUUAAGUGCCCGCCGUAUGCGGCCAAUGACCAAGAGUGCACUGUUGAGGGAUCCCUAUGCACUGCGGCCAGUGCGGCGCCUCAUUGACAACUGUGCCUUUCGGCUCUAUGGGCACUGGGUGAAGAAGGGGGAGCAGCAGAAUCGAGCAGCCCUCUUCCAGCACCAACCCCCUGGGCCUUUUCCUCUCAUUGGUGCUGAAGAGGAGGGAGACUGUGCUCCUGUCACUGAGGAUGAGUGUACAGGUGCUGAGCUUGGACCUUAGCCCUGAGUAAGCUCAGAAAGCAGGACUUCUCAGGAGGAUUGAACCAUUCCAGCCCCUGUAGGCCCUUGCCUCAGGCCCUCUGCCUAGCCCUACUGGUCAUGCUACGAUCAUGGAGACCAACUCUGUACGCCUACCCCUGGUGGUCAAGGCUUAGAGAUGAGAGGUGGGGUGGAAGAGAGCCAUUCCAAAUGCCAUGCCCAAUCUCAUCAGUGCUGCUUCUGCUGUAUCUCAAAUAAAAUCUGUUCCACACUGCG